AUGAAUUCGAUUCGGGAAGGCCUAAAAUCUGCACAAUUCAUCGCUAUUGACACGGAAUAUCCAGGUUGUCUAAAAGAGACAACGAUGGCGGCGAGCGAUGAAACCCGAUACGAAAACAUGAGGUUUAACGUCGACAGAACCAAACCAAUUCAGUUGGGUUUCACGCUAUUCGACAGCGUCGGAGGAAUCCACGGUACCUGGGAAGUAAACUUCUCGGAUUUCGACGAAACAAAGGACGCAAACAACGAGAAAUCGCUCGACUUUCUUAGACGCAACGGUCUUGAUUUGAAGAAAAUCAGAGAGGAAGGAAUCGCGAUCAGUGACUUCUUCGGAGAAUUUUCUCAGAUUCUCAAAGAGGAGGAUAAGCACAUGACUUGGGUCACCUUCGACGGCUCAUACGACUUGGCUUAUCUACUUCAAGGCAUGACCGGAGGAAAACCUAUGCCGGAGACUUCUAAAGAUUUCGAAGAAACGGUUCAGAGACGUCUAGGGAAAACUUACGACGUGAGGAAGAUGGCUGGAAUGUGCAAAGGACUGAAUAGCCGUUUCGGGCUGCAGAGAAUAGCCGACGAGCUUCAGAUCAAGCGUGUCGGAGAAGCACAUCACGCUGGUUCCGACAGUGAGCUCACAUCUCGAGUGUUCACCGACAUGACUUUGAGAAUAUCUCGGGACCAAAAGAGAAAGCGGGACCAGUAUCAACUGGAUCGACACCGUGGCUACCUCGCUGUAAAGGAAUUGGAACAAGCGCUUAUGAUGGAGAGACGUAUGCGAAGGUGUUAUGUACCGAUACAGCCACCAAGACCUCUCAUGUUUCCUCCUUACCCAUCUUACGGUGGUGGCUGCUUUGUUGUGCCCUUCACACGGAGAUUCCCAAACUAUGUGUGA